GAUGAUUAAAAUACAUUUUAAUCAACGAUAUACUGGUGAGACUAGAUUUUACUACUUGAAUGAAAUAUUAACUUAUAUCUUAACAUUCAGAGUUAUAUUACUUAUAAAUAUUACUCUAAAAUUCUCAUGCUUUUACAGUAGUCAAAUAGGGAGAUUAUGGUUGAAAUAUAUAUUGUAUUUUUAGUCGUGUUUACUCAACGAAUUUUGAUACUCAUUUAGUAUUCAAGUUAUGCAUGAAAUAUCUUCCAGGAUAGACAUUGAUGGGUUUGUUCGUGAGUGGGAUGGUUCUGUUUGGUUAUAGUUUAGAGAUAGCUGAGAGAGCACUUUAUAGAGAUGAAAUAGGAAAUAGUAUGUAUAGUGUAAUGACAUCUUUAUGGGUGACCUUAACAACAAUAGCAACAGUUGGAUAUGGUGAAUUUUAUCCAACAACUGAUUUAGGUCGUAUAUCAAUGGCAGUUUGUGUAUUUUGGGGUGUUUCAUACACAUCAUUAUUUACAGCGAUGUUAGAUUCAAUGUUUGAACGGAUGAAUGGCGAAGAAAUGGUAUGGGCUUUAUUAGAAAAGACUAGCGUGACUAAUUUAAUGAGAUAUUUAAGUUAGGAUUUAAUUGUGAGGAUUUAGAAGGUUAAAAUAAAGAAAGAAGAGAGUAGCAAUAUUCUCAUGAUAUAGGAUUCAAUAAAUGCAUUAAAAUAAAUGAAAAGAUAAUACAGGAAUAUUGAUGGAGAAGAUUCUAUGUCUAAAGCAAAGAGAAAGUUUAAGGAUAUUAAUUUCAUGUUUCAUGAAUACUUUUUAUUACUGAAGGAAUUUAAACGCUUACAAUUAAUAAAUACAAUUAAUUACCAUUAUGUGUAUGAAUCACAUAUAUGUUCUAGUUAGAAAUAAAACUCAAAUCAUCUGUAAACUAAUCAAACGGAUGAUAAAUAGAGUAAGGAUGAGGCAUUUUUUGAAAAGUUACAAGAAGAAGAAUCUGAUUUAUAAGUGAUGGAGUUUCAUGAUUGA